CUACAUUAUAUAUAUAUUGGCUACAUAUAUACCCCUUUCAUUUCAUCAAAUUAUAGAAACACUUCAAACAUGGCUAUAAAUUUAAGUAAACACUUACGUAUCAUCGUCUCCCUUUGUUUCUUUGCAUUUGCUUGUUUUUGCAGUGCAAAUAACAAGCCUAGAAACGGAGGCGGGUUUAAGGGAAUGUUCAUCUUUGGUAGCUCAGUAGUCGACAAUGGAAACAAUAACAACCUUAAAGGUAGCACGUCCAAAGCCAAUUUUUUACCAUAUGGUAUUGAUUUUAAUGUUGGUCCAAUAAAACCAACAGGCAGAUUCUCAAAUGGGAAGAAUGUUGCUGAUUUAAUUGGUGAUCAUCUUAAGCUUCCUUUGAUUCCUUCUUUUGCUAAUACUCAAACUCAAGGCGAUUCUAUCCUUUACGGUGUCAACUUUGCUUCUGGUGGCUCCGGCAUUUUUAAUGAAACCGGCGUAAUUUGGGGAAAGGUGAUCUCUUUACAUGAGCAAAUUACAAACUUUGAAGGGGUGACCUUGCCAAAAUUAGAAAGCCGGUUGAGAAGUCAAAGAGAUAAGAUACUCCCUGAUUAUCUAUUUUUGGUAGCUGCUGGAAACAAUGACUACACUUUUCAAUUAUUACUUUCCCCCCAAAACGCUUCUCAAUCUGCCCAAGCCUUUGCUGCAAAGCUUAUCGAUUUUUAUUCUGUUCAACUCAAGGUUUGAGCAAUGUGAAUGAUCCUUGCUGUGAACUUACAUCAAGUGAAUCUCCAACAAGUGAAUCGUCAUGCAAGGUUAAUGGCACCCCCUGCGAUGAUCGGAGACGCUAUGCCUUUUUUUUAUCUCAAUCAUUACUCAGAAUCCGCAUGCGCUGCCAUAGCAGCUAAGGUUUAUGGCUCUCGUAACAAGUCCGAAGUUUUUCCGGUUAAUCUUCACCGAUUUUCUCAUCGCCAACACUCGAAUUUGCACUAGUUAUAAACUCAACAAAUUAUGCCAUUUGUUUGAUUUGAGAUUCAUCGAUGUUCCUCUCUUUUAUUUGACAUUAUUGGCUCAAUGAUCUAUAUUGAUCGAUAUGGGUUAAACAAUUAAAAUUCCCAUGUUUUUCAUGAAAUAAAUAAAAAUGUAUGUUUCGAGCGAGCUAAUGAAUUUACCA